AUGCUGUUGUGGACGAUGUGGCGACUGGUUGUGCUGUCCAGUGUCCUGCAGGUGCGAUCUGACUGGACUUUUUCGUGCCCCAUUAUUUGCCAGUGCACGGAACACUCUCUGCGAUGCACACGGGAAACUCAGCUCAACGCCUCGGCCAAAUCCUCAGUAAUUCGCAGCGUAAGAUUAACUCUCCUGCCGUUACAAGAAGUCCCAAGUAAUACUUUCAGAGAUCUUCAUAAUGUGGCCACAAUUGAAAUCUCCCAGAGUGAUUCCAUCAGGAUAUUCCGAGCCAGGGCGUUUCACUCUCUCCACAGCUUGUCAGAACUCCUGAUACGGAACAUCAGAAACCUGGAGUCCAUAGAGAAAGGAGCCUUCUCUGACCUCCCCAAGCUCAAACACCUGAGCAUUUGCAACACCGGACUAAGGCAGUUCCCAGAUCUCUCUGCAAUCUCCUCUCUGGAGCCCUUCUUUUACCUAGAAGUGGGAGACAAUAUUGAGAUUGACACCAUCCCCCCCAACGCUUUCCAGGGCAUGACGGAGGAAGAGACAUACAUGGACCUCGUCAGAAACGGAUUCAAAGACGUACAGCGCUACGCGUUCAACGGGACGAAAAUGUCUAAACUGAUCCUGAAAGGCAACAAGAACCUGCGUAAAAUCCACGAUGAAGCCUUUGAAGGAGCGGCAGGGCCGAGUCUGCUUGACGUGUCUCUGACGGCCCUGCGCUCGCUCCCGGCCCUGGGCCUGCAGCAGGUGACUGUGCUGACCGCCCGCUCAACCAAGGGCCUGAAGACCCUGCCCCCGCUGGAGAGCCUGCUCAACCUGCAGGAGGCCCACCUCACCUACCCCAGCCACUGCUGCGCCUUCCACACCUGGCGCCGGAAACAGAGGGAGAACGCUUUCCUGGGCUCCUUCGGGAACUUGUCCAGGCUGUGCAGCAGCAGUGCCCCGCAGGGAUUCGGGUACCCCUCACCCAGCGGCGGGCUGUACCCGGACUACGCGCUCUACGACCUGGACUUCCAGUACCUCAACCUGGAGCUGUGCGUGAGCGACGCGCCCAUCCGGUGCACGCCGGAGCCCGACGCCUUCAACCCCUGCGAGGACCUGCUGGGCUACGCCUACCUGCGGGCGGCCACCUGGGCGAUCGCGGUGUCCGCGGUGCUGGGCAACCUGGCGGUGCUGGCGGUGCUGCUGACCAGCCGGCACAAGCUGACGGUGUCGCGCUUCCUGAUGUGCAACCUGGCGUUCGCCGACCUCUGCAUGGGCGUGUACCUGCUGCUGAUCGCCGCCGUGGACCAGCACUCCCGGCGGCAGUACUACAACCACGCCACCGACUGGCAGACGGGCGGGGGCUGCGGCGCGGCGGGCUUCCUGACGGUGUUCGCCAGCGAGCUGUCCGUGUACACGCUGGCGGUGGUCACGCUGGAGCGCUGGCACACCAUCACGCACGCGCUGCGGCGCGACCGCAAGCUGCGCCUGCGCCACGUGGCGGCCCUGAUGGCGGGCGGCUGGGGCUUCUCGCUGCUCGCCGCCCUGCUGCCCGUGCUGGGCGUCAGCAGCUACGGCAAGGUCAGCAUCUGCCUGCCCAUGGACAUCGAGACGCCGGCGGCCCAGGCCUACGUGGUGGGCGUGCUGCUGCUCAACGCGGCCGCCUUCCUGGCGGUGUGCGUGUGCUACGGCCGGAUCUACGCCAGCGUGCGCAACCCCCACCUGGCCACCCGCCGCAGCGACGCCAAGAUGGCCAAGCGCAUGGCGGUGCUGAUCUUCACCGACUUCCUGUGCAUGGCGCCCAUCUCGUUCUUCGCCAUCUCCGCCGCGCUGCGCAUGCCCCUCAUCACCGUGUCGCACUCCAAGAUCCUCCUCAUCCUCUUCUACCCCAUCAACGCGCUGUGCAACCCCUUCCUGUACACCAUCUUCACCCGCGCCUUCCGCCAGGAGCUGCGGCUGCUCCUGAGGCGCUGCGGGGGCUGCGGGGCCCCCCGGCGUCUGCCCCGGCUGCUGGGCCAGGGGCCCCGCCACACCGGCCCCUGCAGGAAGCCCAGCUCGCUCCGCUUCUACGCCUACCACAUCAAGAUGCAGGGCUGCAUCCUCAACAAGGGCCCCAAGUAA